UAUGACACAACCUCUGAUGAUUGGACCCUAUGCCCACCAAUGACCCGUGCAAAGGCAAACCUUGCCGGAGUUAGUUUGUGUGGGAAAAUUUAUGCAUUUGGUGGUGGAGAUGGUUCUGAAUCUUUUCUUGAUGUUGAGGUCUUCGAUCCUGCAUAUGGGAAGUGGAUAAAGAAUCAGCCUAUGCUGAAAAAGCGCUCUGCUCUAGCUGGUGUGAAACUCAAUGGUGCGAUUUAUGCGGUUGGUGGAUAUGCUGGUAUUGAAACUUGGAGCUGCGCUGAGAGACUUGAUCCUAGGGAACCUCACUGGAAAAUGCUCCCAACGAUGAGUACACAAAAAUGCUUCCAUACGCUGGCAGUUCUUGAUGAGAAGAUAUACUCGAUUGGUGGUUACAAUCCUGAGGCUAGAGCAGGGGUGGCCACUGUUGAGCUGUACGACCCAAGGAUGCCAUCAUGGGUGGCAGUCGAACCAAUGAAGUAUAUAGUUAUAGACGUGGUAGAGUGCUACAGUGAAGGGCGUGGUUGGGUGAAUACAGCGCUCAAAUCAAUCGGCAGGAGAAGCCAUUGUUCUGCCAUUGUCUACUGACUUGGUUGCAGAUGCUUUACAGUGGCCCAGCAAGUCUACUUGCUAGUAAUGCAUCAGAAAGUUUCCUAUAUGUACUGAAAACUGGAGUGAGCUCAAUUUGGCAAAAGCCCUCUUUUUCUGUAAGGGAGGAAACUCUAGUCCCUCUAAUCCAGUUUCAGAUCCCAGUCCGAGCUCUUAUCUUAUCUGAAACAAAAGCAAGAAGACGGCAGCGCAUGGUGAACACCAAAAGUAUUUUGCUCUAGAA